UAUCAUUUUUCAUUUUAUUUCCUUCAUGAGUUUUUUUUAAUUCCAAUUUUGAUAUAUAUCUUCUGUCAUGGCAUGAGGAAUAUCAAAAUAUGUAUUGCAUAACAGCACUAAUAUAAUCUAUAUCAGACUAUUUACUGCCUUGGGGAAGAGUGAAAGGAGAGAAUCUGAACUUCAAAAUGUCAAAUAACAGUUAUCAAAAAUUGAUUCUACAUGUAACUGAAAAAAUUAAAAAGUUAAAAUAACUACAUAUGCUUUGAGGAUUGCAAAACGUGCUACAUACACUGUCAGAAUCACUUAUAUUGUUGUUUUAAAUGUAGACAAAUAAUUAUUUUGGAUUCUCUUGCCCAUUAAAGUAAAUAUUUGAGCAUUUUAAAUGUAUGGCUAAGACAUGAAAGUCUUUUAAAAAUAUUUUCUAAUAUCUAUAGUUGGGCUUUCUUUUAGAAAGGGCUUUUACUGUCCUUUUUGUAUGCAUUAAAGUUAUAUGAAAUUAAACACAUUUAUUACAUGUCUUAUUAACUCUUGUCUUAAAUAAUAUUUAAAACCUAUUCACAAAGUGCUUUUAAGUUUACAGAGCCAUUUCUUCACAAGUCUCUGGGCAGACAGUUCAAAUAUCAUCACUAUUUUAUAAAUUUUGAAGUUAAUAAAGUCAGAAUUGAAACCCAGUUGUCUUGAUUCAAAGUCUAACAGUCUUUCUAUUAUGCCAUAUUGGUUUUCAAGAAGUAAUUUUGAAAUCUGUCACUGCUCUAUUUUCCCAUAAUUGAUCAAUCAUGGGAGAAGAGAAGGGAAUAAGCAUUUAUAUGGUGCCUACUACUGUCAGGUAUUAUGCUAAGUACUUUACAAAUAUGAGAUUUUUUAAUUACUAUUAUGAUACAUAUUUUACAGUUUAGGAAACUGAAGACAAAAACAUAAGUUACAUAAAUCACUUAAGGUCAUACAGUCAGUAAGUGUACUUAUUAUACAGUACUUUCUUCACAAGUCCUAUGCAGUAAACAGUGCAAAUAUUAUUUCUAUUUUAUAAAUUUUGAAGUUUACAAUAAAAGUCUGAAUUGAAACAGUGGUAUCCUGAUUCCAAGUCUAGCUUUACAAGAUGAAUGGAAAGACAGGAGGCCAGAUUAUGAAGUGUAAUGCCAGAAAUUUGGAAUUCUUUAAAUAAACAACUGAUACACACACACAUUUAUUUGAGGGACCUGGCCCUCUCAACAAAUAGGAUUCCAGACUUUCAAAACAGUCUGAGAUCCUGACCUUAUCUAGAGUGCAGUAUCCCCUUCAAUAUUCAGUCUUAUAUGCCUAGGAAGUCCAGGCAGCAGGGAGUUUUUUAUUUCAUUGGUAGAUUCCAAAUUUUGGCACUUAUUACAUAAAUCCUAUUAACAUUUGUCAUAAAUAAUAUUCAAAACAUACUCACAAAGUACUUUAAAAGUACCCAUUUCACAUUGUUACCAAACAAUAAGGCGGGCAUAUAGGAACCAGCCCAUCUAUACUCCAUCCUUAUGGCAAACCAACUCAUCUAUACUCCACCCUCAGACCCUCUCCUCAGAACACCCACUUUUAGUAAUGGGUCCUGGCUACCCUAACAACAGACCCUGAGCUUAUAUGGUUGGGUAAGGUUGCAGGUUCUUAGGACCAGCCUUUUGGCCAGAACUGCCUGGAUGGGUCAUGAGGAAGUGACAUAGGGUGAAUGAGCUUUUCAUAUAUCUCAGGACUUUUCAUAAAGCUUGUGACAUAUCUAUGAUAUAAUGCCAAAAUGUGGCCUAAGGUGAGCGCUUCUUUCUCUAAACUUACAAGUCAUACUGACAGGUUAUGAAAUUUUAUAUAAAAUUUAACAUGAAAGGAAAGAACCUAGUCAACUGUAACUUACAUCUAAUUACUCCUAAUUAAGUUGUACUUUAGGAUUAUUUUAUCUUUAAAAGCAGUACCUAGGAACUAAUAUCCACCCCUAUAGAAUCACAUUAAACUGGGAAAUACUAAUAAAAUGAUUGAUCUAAGAUGGGCCGGGCUUCCUAAAAUAGGGUAGAGGUCAUUAUUAUUUCUCAAAAUAGCUUUGAAAGCCACAAAAUUUUGCAUUUGAUUGUGAAGGUAAUAGGGAGACCUUGGAGUUUAUUGAGUGCCAUGAUCAGACCAGAGCUUUAGAAAGAUCAAUUUGACAUCUGAGUGGAGGAAUAACUUAAGCAGGGAAAUUUAAAGCAGGGUAAAAUGGUUAAAUACACACACACACAAUCCCCCAAGGGGAAAGGAAGAAAAAACUUUCCCACAGCUUUUUAUCAGGAGAGCUACUUAAUAUCAAAGUGCUUGCUCUAAGUGAGUUUUUUGAAGAGAGAAAAAUCAUUAAUCUGAUCCAUUGGCAGGAAAAUGAAACUAGCAAAUACUUCAUUCUUAAGCAACCUUUUUUGUUUUGUUUUGAGUUUCAGAAAACAAUAAAAAAUGAGCGUUAAACGGGAAGAAAGUUCGGGAAAUCCAUGAUUCCGGCCAGACAACUUGUAUAGAACGAUCCUGGAACCCUCUGCAGGAACCAAGGAGAAAGGGAAUUCGUUGCUUUUUUGUUUGCGGCUAAAGCUGACAGAUAAGAAACAAUUUCCUCAUUGCAGGCCAAGUGGGAAAGAGUCGAGGUCGCCAAACCGCAGUGAUUCGAGGAAUUCCGGAGAAUGCUUUUCAGUUUUUGGCCCGAGUGAGUAACCCCGAAUUUUUGUGGACGCACGGACCACAGCAAUCUCCCGGGACUUGGACGCUUCAGCGGAGAGGUAGUUUCUGCAGUGGGUCAAGACCGAGCCCAAGUGUUCUCCACGUGUCAAGAAGGAGAACCGGAGUCUCUGGCACUGAUAUGGGGGACUUAGUGGCGUGGGCGACCAUGUCCUCCUUGCCACCUCCAGAACCCUUCUCUUUGUCAACCCAGAACCGGGACAGUGGAAUGAUCAAACGCCUGCUACUCAGUCCUGAGUCAAUUACUCCGUUCCCCGACACAGAUUUAAAGACAAACAAACGAACAGCGGGGUGAAGCGGGAAGCACAGCUACCUCUUCUCCGAACAAGCCCGGUUGCCCCAGGGUUCAACUUCCUGCCCGAGAAUAUGUUUUCCUAUCCAAGCAGCAGAAUUCCCAGCGACGACGAUAACCUCUAGGGCGCGGACCGGCGCGCCUACGUCCUACCCCCUCCGCUCUCAGUGAAGGGUGGGGCAGUACAUGCCUAACUCGGUCGUGAGGGAAUCGGGGGCGCGCCCGUAAGCGGUCGGGGCGGUGCUCUUCAGGCUGCACCUUCUUCUCCCUCUCUUCUCGCAUUUUUUGAACCCGUCCCUUAGCCCUCUAUCCUAUCAUCGGGUGCGCUGCCACGAAGAGGAGCGCCCGGAACCGGCAGGAAAACUGACAGAAAGGGACUGGAAGGGAGAGGACCGAGGAACCACGCCUUCACCCUCCCCCUCCUCCUCCGCGCACGCGCUCUCGCCAUACACCCCCGUGACGUUCCGUGCCGAGGCGCUGUAACCGCCUGUGCCGCUGUCAUGGCGUCUACACCUCUGACUGAAGAGAAGCUGCCAAGAUCUAGAUAGAGUCAGGAGCUGGCGGCUCGGCAUGGAGAACAGCCCCGAGAGCCGGCAGCUGCUAGGACACGGGGCGGAGACGGCCGCGGCGCCGACAGCAAGGGCGGUUUUUCUUGAGGGAGAGGCAGAAGAAAACAGGAUCAGUGCCGGACACAGCCCUGAGGUGAAGCUGUCGGCAGAGCCUAGCACCGCCCGCGAUGAGCAGGGGGCGGCGGCCGGCCUCGGGAACCGCCCGCAAACGCAUUCUCUCGGGGUCACCGCUCCCGCAACCGCCGGCUCACUGCCCGGGUCGGAGCAGAAGCACAACGGAGAGACUCCCGCGGCCUUGGAGGCGGCUCCGAGAGGGCAGCACAAGGUGACCGCUGCCUCGGAGAAAGCCGAGGCCGGAGAAGGAGCGGUUCCCGCGGGGACAGGUCCGCCUGCGGCGACGAGGGAUGCGGGUGGCGGCCUGAGCAGCAGCAGCACCUCCAGCAGCCCCAGCAGCAGCAGUCCCAGCAGUAGCACCGUCCCGAGCCCUCCCGGGGAAUCGCCGAGCUUGGAUUCCCUGGAGUCGUUCUCCAAUCUACAUUCUUGUCCUAGCAGCUCUGAAUUCUGCAGUGAGGACGGGCCUGAGGCCAAGGGUCCGGAGGAGGAGGAGACCAAGUCGGGAGGAGCUGCCCCUCUCUGUAAGGAGGAGGGAGAGACCGCUCAGGUGCUGUUGGCCUCCAAGGAACGCUUCCCGGGACAGUCUGUGUAUCAUAUCAAGUGGAUCCAGUGGAAAGAAGAGAACACGCCCAUUAUCACCCAGAAUGAAAACGGACCCUGCCCUUUGCUGGCCAUCCUCAAUGUAUUGUUCCUGGCGUGGAAGAUAAAACUGCCACCAAUGAUGGAAAUCAUAACUGCUGAACAACUGAUGGAAUAUUUAGGAGAUUACAUCCUUGAUGCAAAACCAAAAGAAAUUUCAGAAAUUCAACGUCUAAACUAUGAGCAGAAUAUGAGUGAUGCUAUGGCAAUUCUGCACAAACUACAGACAGGUCUGGAUGUAAAUGUGAAAUUCACUGGUGUCAGAACAUUUGAAUAUACUCCUGAGUGCAUUGUGUUUGAUCUUCUUGAUAUUCCAUUGUACCAUGGAUGGUUAGUGGACCCUCAGAUGACUGACAUCGUGAAAGCAGUUGGUAAUUGCAGCUAUAACCAAUUGGUGGAGAAGAUAAUUUCCUGUAAGCAAUCAGACAGCAGUGAGCUGGUUAGUGAAGGCUUUGUAGCUGAGCAGUUUCUAAAUAAUACAGCCACUCAACUGACAUAUCAUGGAUUAUGUGAACUUACGUCAGCAGUUCAGGAAGGAGAACUUUGUGUAUUCUUUCGGAACAAUCAUUUUAGCACCAUGACCAAAUACAAGGGUCAACUAUAUUUGCUGGUAACAGAUCAGGGCUUUCUUACUGAAGAAAAAGUUGUUUGGGAAAGUCUACACAAUGUAGAUGGUGAUGGAAAUUUCUGUGACUCAGAAUUUCAUCUGAGGCCUCCCUCAGAUCCAGAAACUGUCUAUAGAGGACAACAAGAUCAAAUUGAUCAGGACUAUUUUAUGGCCCUGUCUCUACAACAAGAACAGCAGAACCAAGAGAUCAACUGGGAACAAAUUCCAGAAGGAAUCAGUGAUCUGGAGCUAGCCAAGAAACUCCAAGAGGAAGAAGAUAGGCGAGCCUCCCAAUAUUAUCAGGAACAAGAGCAGGCAGCUGCUGCAGCAGCUGCUGCUGCUGCUGCUGCUGCUACUGCUGCUGCAGCUGCUGCACAAGCCCAGCAAGGCCAGCCAGCACAAGUAACUGCCUCUUCAUUAAGUGGAAGACAAUCUGGGAGUAAUGAACGUAAACGCAAAGAACCUCGAGAAAAAGACAAAGAAAAGGAAAAGGAGAAAAAUAGUUGUGUAAUUCUGUAACAGGUGUUAAUUCUAUUGGAGCCAAGUACUUGCCCUGAGAAACAAAACCAUGGGAUGAAAGGAAGAAAAACCGUUCCAUACCGUCUGUGCCUGAUUACCCAAUGGAUUUUGUUCAUGUUUUAAAAGGAGAAGUUGUUACUUAGUUACAAUCAGACUCUGAGAGUUGCACAAUGCACUCAUUGUGAGCUGGAAUUCCUUGUUACAAGUUGGAAGCAUCUGUAUCGUCGAUCAUGAAAAAUACUGCACUUUGUAGCUGAAUGCAAAUCACAGCAAGUUUUGUGUCAUAGUGACAUUUAUUACUUAUCAGCUUGUAAGCUAUCUCAUCUUCUGUUCUAACAAUGAAAGGAGAUAAUUGGUUUUGUCAGGUUCCUUCCUGAAAUCAAAAUAUUAACAUAAUAAUUUAAAAAUUAAUUUCCCUCAUGUUUUAUUUAUGACCAGACCUGGAUAAAAGCAUAAUUGCCUGUAAGAAGCUAGGCAAAUCAUUUCUUAAGUGCUCAGUGCUUUAAAUAUUGGAAUUUUUUUUUCAAACCUGCAUUAUGUAUUGGGACAUUGAUGCCAUUGCCCAUUUAUUUUAAUUACAGAGAAUUAAGAAUGGAGCCUCAUUUGAUUAAGAUGAGAUGAGGGUAGCCAAAAUGAAGAUCUAUAUUCCCUUUUCCCACAAUACACAACCGAGUAUAAUAUUAAUACUCAGCUUGUCAGGAUAGCUAGAAAUGAUUUUAUAAUUCUAUGGAAGUUUUUUGGUUUGGUUUGGGUUAGCAUUCAUUAUUUUAGGCAAAUUGGACCACACAGUUCCUAUUUAUUGAUUACAUGAUAAGCAACUAGUGUGAGGAAACUAGAAUGUAUAAUAAUAGUCUUGUAGAAAUGCAAAUGUAGGAAACCAGAAUUAACUAAAUAUCUGCCUUUUUUCAUAAAUACCUUGAACCUUAACACUAAUAUUAUGUCCACUUGCCCAAUUAAGCAAGUAAAUAUAAAUAUUUUUUUAAAAUCAUGAAUAAAUAAAAGCACACUUCAGAAUGGAAUUUUGAGAGGUCCAGAUAUUCUCUUAGUCUGGUAGAAAGGCACUCAUUUGUAAUAUUACUGUCUUAUUUUAAUCACUAGUUAGAAUUUUGGGAAACUUAUGUAGAAGCAAUCAGAUUUUCUAAUUUAUGGGAACCAAAUAAAUAUGUAAUAGUUAUUAAUCUUUAUAGGAUUCAGAAAGAGAAUAUUUGUUGAACUUUAUUAUGAGGGAAUCAUAAAUUCUCCUAUAUUUCCAGAUAAAAUUAAGAAAAUAAUUAUCUUAAUAGUCUUUUUGAUAAGCUUUCAACUAGCAGUCUGUUUUAGUCAUUUUUGAAAAAAUUGUUGCUGUUCCAGAAAGUGUUGUGAUUCCCAGUUAAGCCUAGGUAAGUACAUUUACUUAAGAACAUCAUAACUUGUACUAAACAUCCAUCUGGAGAUUAACUUUUCUGGUUUGGGUUGACGACAGGCUGCUUUUUAAAAGUAGUCUAGAUUUUUAAUGAUGACUCCUUUAGAUAACACCAUGAUCAAAAACCAAGUGUAAUAUAAUUUCUUAUAAAAAAGUAGAAUCUUAUUUAUGGAAGAAACAAUUCUCUUAGACAAAGUCCAGGGUCAAGCUGAGUCAUUAGAUCCCUCUAUAGUGCAUAUCUUUUGUGCAUUAUAAGAGUCACUGUACCUGAAACUUUCCUAUACUAACAAACAGUUGAAGACCUUGUUUUGGAUAUAAAACUUUGAUAUACAAUGUUUUUUGGAUCUCUUGCUAAUUAUUGGCAAUUAUUCAUACAUUGAUAACUUAAUAAAAUAUCUGACAUCCUUCUCUGUAGAAUUAGAUUAGCUUCCAUCCUAAUGCUGAAGCUGUCAAAUUUAUACUUGAUACUAGACUAACAAACACCAUGGUUUAUUUUCUUUACCCAAAAGAGAUAGUAACAGUAUGUUAUAUUAGAGUGACAAAAAAUUAAAAACAAAAGAUUUGAGAAAAACCAACCUAUAACUAAUUCAGAUUUUGCCACAAUCAUGUACUUAUAUUUAUUUAUUGCAUUUGAAAAAAUAAAUAUGUAAAAGUUAAUCAUUAUUUUCCAUUUUUUCCAAAGAAAAUACUGCCAUUCUACAUUCCCAAUGAAAAAUUAUUCACUUAAACCAGCACAAAUAUAUCCACGCAAUUUCAAUGUGUAAUUAAAGGAAAAUAAUGAAGACUUAAUGUUUGUUAAUACCACAGUUUUAUAUAUAGUAUUUCCAGGUCUUUUUUACAUUCCUGAAAUUCAGUUUGAUGUAUUAGGGGUAAUAAUGUAAAUGUUCUUUUUAAUUAUAAUAGAAAGUAAAGGAAAAAAAUAAUGUCCUGUGCCAUUAAAAGACAAAACCAAAAAAAAUCCUUUCCAGAUAUUUUUAUUUCCCUUCAGUGAAGAGGUUACCAAGAAUUUCAGAGCAGCCCUAUCUUAAUUUUCAUAUUUCAUAUUUUUCUCCACAGAUUUUUAUUAUUCAGACAUUGAGUUGCUGGUUUGGGGGUCUUUGGAUUUGAUAGUUGUAUACUGUAGUAUUUCCCUGACAGCCCACAGCAUCCUCUGUGGGUUGCAUCUUAAGAGAAAUUAAAGGAAUCUGAUCACUUAGUUUGUGAUGCAUGAAGAAUCUAUUCUGCAUUCAAGAAAUCCUUAUCAUUUGCUGGCAAAGGAGGCAGGGCAGAAUGGACACAGGGACUGGGCGGACUUACUACAGGCCUUCCCCCAAGUCACUAAUGAGUUAUUGCUGGCAACAGCACUUGGCUCCUCCCACCUCUGGGUGCAGGUCAGACAGAUAACAGAGCUCUCCUGGGCUUCCUGAUAAUGGUGUUGUAAGCAUUCCCAAUUCACUUUAUGGUUUUACCUCUAAGGAUCCCUUCUCUCUGUGUACAUGCCUGUAUGCACACAUAUACACACACACUCUUAAUCCACCCCCCCCAACACCCAGAGGUGCUGAACCACAUUUAUAAAGGUGACCUUCACCCCCAGCUGCUGCCCUUCCCUGGGGGAGAUGAAUGUCAUUAGUGAGGCUUCAGUUUACAGGGAGGAUUUGGAGCAUGCCUUGUUUUUCCUAUUGCACAUUCUGUGUCCUUGGCUGACUGUCCUAUAUUAUGGACAGAACCCUUUUAGUCUCCAUCUGCUCAAAUUUGUUAAUAUUAAAUUAGCUGACAGUAGUUUGGACUUAAAAGCCAUAACAUGAUUUAUGUAAAUUGUUUUGGUUCUGAGCAUUAUGUUUGUGAAUCAUGGAUUAGAGCUUUGUUCGCCUAGCCUAAGGGCCUUGUUGUGUAGGCCAGUUUAAGAUCUUUACAGAAAGUUGAUUUUAGACUAGGAAAAGAAAGCUAGUUGAUCUCAUUCAAAAAUUACACAAAGCUUUUGUAAAACUGCAAAAGAAAGAUUUAUGAUAAGAGAAUUUCCAGAGCAAUGCCUACACAGUCAUACUAUUAGUAAAAUAAAUUUCAUACUGCCUUUCAAGUGCUUUCUUUUAACAUUUUCCUGUUCCAUGUGCCAGGUGAUUCCAAGGCCACAAAAAGGAAGGCUUAUAUGCUUUAAAUCAGAGUUCUCUGCUAGCCACACAGUAAUGUAAUUGCAAAUCUGAUGUUAAAACUUGUUAGUAUCUGAUAUAAUUUAAUGAGCCACCUAAGGUAUUUGUACAGUUUUUUGGUAGAGAAAAAGUAGUUUCGUCUUUAACAGAGCUAAAAAUCUAGAGUCCUGAGAUGUGUUUUGGUUCUAAAAGGUAGCCUUUCUACCUUUCUUUGGUCAAAUAGAUAAACUUCCUGUGCCUCAGUUUUAAUCUAUAAAUGGAAACAAUCCUUGUUUGUCUUUUGGACCUACAAGAAAAUGGCACAGUAUAAGCACAAGGUAUUAUUUAUAGUAGUUAUAUGUCUUGUACACUUUUAACUGAAGUGCUUUUUGAAAACUGUUUUCCAUUCAACCAUGUCAUUGUGGAGUAAAAUUGCUUGGUGAAAGAUUUGCUUCCAAGUCAGCUUUUUUUUUGGUAGUCAUAUAUGUUGUAUUAUCUUCUCUUGUUAAAAUGUGGCAUUUCCCUAAAGUAUUUUUCAGAAUGUUUUUAUACUGUGAAGGGUGCAAUGAAAGAUUGGGCCUAUCAAAAUUGGGGGCAUCUGGUGGGAAUCAUUUAGCAAUCUAUUUUUUAUUCAGAUAUCUUUCAUAGAUUAAAAAAAUAUUUAAAUUAUCUAUGCCUACUGUCCAAUGGAAUAGUCAUCAAGAUGCAAGUAUGUGUAUACUGAUUUUUGUACAAAUGGAAAGACAAAUGUCUCUCUCCACUUAGAGUCCCUUGUGGAUUUGUCUGCCUUCUAUUCUUCAAGUGUUCUCAUUAUCAUUCGUAUGUCUAAUGGUUGGUGUAAAAUUUUUUUAAUAAAGUGUGGUUAAAUUCUUGGGUGUUUUUUUUAAGUGACUGCAGAUAGUAAAACAACUUGAUGGAAUCUGAUAUUUCUUGCUGAAUCCUUACAGUUAAUUGGACCAGAUAAGUCAUCAUUCAGUGAAUUUCUAAGCAAAAAUCCUAGACUAAGCUAAAAUUUAGUUUUCCUUAGCCCUUAAACAGAAUCAGAAUUAUAAUUUGAUAUCCUAAUGUGAUUCCUGAUAUUGAUGCUUUUUUAAUAUUGAGCAGCACUAGAAAUACUAGGGGGGGAAAAACUUAAAACAAUAAAGGGGAAUAGAUGUUUAAAAUACAUUUCUAUAUCUAUACAGUUAAUAUAUAAUCUGUUUCUCAUCCACAGUAAGAAAUACAAUAGUACUGUUUCUUUAGAUAGGAGUUAACAGAUUAUGUUUUCUUUAAGAAAGAAGUAAGAUGACUAUCUUUAAACAGCACAAUUAAAAGACAUCCUACAUCUUUUUUUUUUAAUUAGACUAUCUGAGCAAAACAAAAAACUUCCAAACAUUAUGAUGACUGCAUGAUCCAAGAUUAAAAAAAAAGCCACUGGAUCACAUCCUAGGCCAAUAGCAUUUUUUGUUUAAAUCAGAGUAUUGAGAUUCAAAUUAAUGCACUUUUUAGUUAAUAAUGAUAUUGCCUUUGAUAGGAAUUUGAAUUUAACUACAUUUUCUCCCAACCUCUUAUUUCUAAGUAUGCUAUAUCCCUUUUCGUUGUAAGUUAGGCUCAGAAACAAAGAAGGUAAUAAUAUAAUAUUGUAAAUGUAAAGUCAUCUCAGAUCUCCUACCUAUUAUCCUAAAACAUCUCAUUCUUAUCUUCAUGUAGAUGUACAAGGGCUUCGUUCACUACUGCUGUAGGUAAGAAAUUGACAUACCAGAACAGGAGUAAAAAAGUCUGAGCUUUUAAACACUCUUCAGGUAUGAAAAUACAGUGUCAUUUGCAAAAAUAAAUCUGGAGCAUAAUGUUGAAUGUUCCUGUUGAAUCUCAAAUUAAUACCGUUUCAAUAAAUAUCUUAGAAUUGUUUUAGUUAACAUUAAACUUUAUAGUCACUUUUACUUUUAAAAUUACUUGCUUUUUGAUUAGGGCAGACUCUAUCCUAAAGUUUGUGAGAAAUGUAGUGGGCUAUUACCCCACCCCCCUUUUAGGUUUAAAAGUAAAACAAAAAACUUAUGCUUUUUGUUUUUAACACAUUUUUAAACUACAGAGUUCAAAGAGGCAGUCAGUCUUGGGGCAUGGAUGGUAAGUAGAGAAUUUCUAAGUAAUUCUAAUUAAUGGAAUAUAUUUUAAGAUUGACAGCCAUUGAUGUGUGAAGGACACUACACAAUCUUAAGUCAUAGUUUGGUGGAUAAAAUAUUGUUCUAUGAAGUAACCACUUUGUUAUCACAUGUAUGACCCAAUUCCACAGGUUCUAAGGUAGAUAAUGCGAUUGAUGAUUCAUUCUGCAUUUUGUAAUUAAUGAUUCAGCAAGACACUAAUAUUGACUCUACAGAUCAGACUUACUUUCAAAGGUCUGUCCCUCAAAUCUUUGAAAUUCAAAAAGAAAAACCGGUUGUUUCAAGUUUUUCUUUCUGCAGAACACUUGUAAAUAUACUGUGGCACACUCUUAAGACGUAUAAGAUGGGAUAGAGUGAAGAAUUAGUGGGAGCAAAACAGUGAUCAUCUUGGGGGAUGGAAUGAAAAGAGGACAGGGGUGUAGGAGCAUUUCUCUCUCAUCCUCUGUUCAGUUCAUUUAGAUCAGGAAACUUCCACCAUAUACCAAGGAGAGAGCAGGACUUUCUGGUACACAAGCUGCCACACAUUUUUCAAAGAUGUUAGAAAUUGGAAUUUUUGGCUGAAAAAGCCAUUUGUUGUUCAUCUCCCAGCUCCUCUCUUAAUUUCUCAAGAACACUGACUGCUAACUUCUGAAAUUUAUGCUUGGAAUUUCCAUAUACUAGCUGUAAUCCCAGUGAAUUUUUUAAAAAAUAGCAACUCCAAAGAUAACCCAUAAGAGUUUUCUCUUAAAUUGUCAGACUAUCUCUCAAAGUUGAACUAAAGUUCUGAUUGUUCUAAGUAGUAAUUGUGCUAAAAACUACAUCAGACUAAAAUGAAUUAUGGUAAAUGUUUUGAGUUUUGCUUUUUGAAGCAUAUUCCUUUUUUUAAAAAAGUAAUAUUGGACUUAAAUUGGAAAGUAUAAAAUUAUACUCCUGUGACUGCAAGGAUUAUUCAGUAUUGGAAUCUAAUUUCAUGUUUACUGUUGUUACAAAAAUGUCAUUGUUAGAUAAAAUGUUGGAUUUUUGUAAAUAUAACUUAAAAUUGUAACCAGUGAAUAAUAUCCUUAGUAUUUUUUAUUAUAGAUUAUAUUUUAUUUCAAUAAACUUUGAUAUUCAGACCAAA